UUUGUAAUAGGUUCUUCUUGCCUUGUUGGUCAUUGUGUCACUUGGAUUAGGCCUGGGACUUGGACUUAGGAAACCAGAACAGCAAGGUAGCUGCAGGAAACAAUGCUUUGACACAUCACAUAGAGGACUGGAGGGCUGUCGGUGUGACACCAGAUGUAUGGACAGAGGGGAUUGCUGCUGGGAUUUUGAAGACACCUGUGUGAAAUCAACUCAAAUAUGGACAUGCAAUUUGUUUCGUUGUGGGGAGAAGAGACUAGAGUCGAGCCUUUGCUCUUGUGCAGAUGACUGCUUACAGAAGAAGGAUUGCUGUGCUGACUACAAGAGUGUUUGUCAAGGAGAAACCCCGUGGGUAGCCGAAGCCUGUGACACAUCCCAGGAGCCUCAGUGUCCAGAAGGGUUUGAUCUGCCACCAGUUAUCUUGUUUUCCAUGGACGGCUUUAGAGCAGAGUAUUUACAAACGUGGGGUUCUUUAGUGCCGAAUAUCAACAAACUGAAAACAUGCGGAAUUCAUUCAAAAUACAUGAGAGCUGUGUAUCCUACCAAAACCUUCCCAAAUCAUUAUACUAUUGUCACGGGGUUGUAUCCAGAAUCACAUGGCAUCAUUGACAAUAACAUGUACGAUGUGAAUUUCAACAAGAAUUUUUCACUUUCUUCAGCAGAGAAAAAUAAUCCUGCCUGGUGGAAUGGGCAACCGAUUUGGCUGACGGCGAUCUAUCAAGGUUUAAAAGCAGCUUCCUACUACUGGCCAGGAUCAGAAGUGCCCAUCAAUGGCUCCUUCCCUUCCAGAUACAUGAAUUACAAUGGUUCUGUUCCAUAUGGAAAGAGGAUCUUUACCUUGUUAAAAUGGCUUGAUCUGCCCAAAGCUGAAAGGCCCAAUUUUUAUACCAUAUAUAUGGAAGAGCCUGAUUCUGCAGGACAUAAGAGUGGACCAGUCAGUGCUGGCGUAAUUAAAGCCUUGCAGUUAGUUGAUGAAGCCUUUGGAAUGUUGAUGGAGGGUCUGAAACAAAGGAACUUACACAACUGUGUCAAUCUAAUCAUCCUGGCUGACCAUGGAAUGGACCAGAUUUCUUGUGACAGGGUGGAAUACAUGACUGAUUAUUUUGCCCAAAUAAACUUCUAUAUGUAUGAAGGACCUGCCCCCCGGAUCAGGGCUCACAAUAUACCUCAGGACUUCUUUACUUUUAAUUCUGAAGAAAUUGUCAGGAACCUCAGCUGCCGAAAACCUAAUCAGCAUUUCAAACCCUAUUUGACUCCUGAUUUGCCAAAACGACUACACUACGCCAACAAUAUCAGAAUUGACAAAGUUCAUCUUAUGGUGGAUCGACAGUGGCUGGCUUCGAGGAGUUACUCAAGUUCAUCCUGUGAAGGAGGCACGCAUGGUUAUGACAAUGAAUUUAAGAGCAUGGAGGCUAUCUUUUUGGCACAUGGACCCAGUUUUAAAGAGAAGACUGAAAUUGAAUCAUUUGAAAAUAUUGAAGUCUAUAAUCUACUGUGUGAUCUUCUACACAUUCAACCAGCACCAAACAACGGUACACAUGGUAGUCUGAACCAUCUUCUGAAGGUGCCUUUUUAUGAGCCGUCUCACCCAGGGGAAUUAUCGAUGUCGUCUGGUUGUGGCUUUACAGCUCCACUGCCUGUGGACACCCUAAGCUGCUCAUGUUCUGAGCUACAAAAUAAUAGUCAAGUGGAGCAUGUAAACCAAAAUCUAAAUCUCACCCAAGAAGACAUCACAGCAACAGUGAAAGUAAACUUGCCAUUUGGGAGGCCCAGGGUUUUGCAGAAGAACAAGGACCACUGUCUGCUUUACCAUAGGGAAUAUAUCAGCGGGUACGGAAAAGCCAUGAAGAUGCCCAUGUGGAGCUCAUACACUGUCCCCAAGCCGGGAGACACAUCACCUCUUCCUCCCACUGUCCCAGACUGUCUGCGGGCUGAUGUCAGGGUUGCUCCUUCUGAGAGCCAAAAAUGUUCCUUCUAUUUAGCAGACAAGAAUAUCACCCACGGCUUCCUCUAUCCUCCUGCAAUCAGUGGAACUUCUGAUGGUCAGUAUGAUGCUUUACUUACAAGUAAUUUGGCCCCAAUGUAUGAAGAAUUCAAAAAAAUGUGGAACUACUUCCACAGGGUUCUUCUGAUAAAAUAUGCUGUAGAAAGAAAUGGAGUGAAUGUGGUUAGUGGACCAAUAUUUGACUAUAAUUAUGAUGGCCAUUUUGAUACUCCAGAUGAAAUUAAAGAACAUGUGGCCAACACUGAUGUUCCCAUCCCAACGCACUACUUUGUGGUGCUGACAAGUUGUAAAAACAAGAACUACACACCCAACAACUGCCCUCUGUUGGAUGUUCUGCCCUUCAUCAUCCCUCACCGACCUACCAAUGUGGAAAGCUGUCCUGAAAACAAAACUGAAGAUCUUUGGGUUGAAGAAAGGUUUGAAGCACACGCUGCCCGGGUCCGUGAUGUAGAACUUCUUACUGGUCUUGACUUUUAUCAGGAAAAGGCACAACCAGUCUCUGAAAUUUUGCAACUGAAGACAUAUUUACCCACAUUUGAAACCAUUAUUUAACUGAAUGCAUAGCAAUCUAGCAAAGUGAAGAUAAUACCUUCUAUUUGAAAAUCAUAAAAUAAAGUUUUCUAUUUUUUCCUUAAUUCUA